GCUAAUGCACGCAUGCGCUCUAAAUUCUAUCGUUCUAUGUCCGAUGUCUUUUUUUGUGUUACGAACGUUGAAAUAUUUCUAAUGUCGUCAGUUUCUUGGAAUAAUAACCCUACCUCAGGGUCGGAGACAUCAGAAAGUUCUGAUAAUGUAAUGUAUCCUAAUAAACCAGAAUGGGAAACUGCUCGGAAAGCAUUAGAGGCUGUAAGUGGUUUAAAGUUAAAGACUGACACUGAUAGCUGCAAAGAUACAAGUCCAACAAAAGCUGCUGUCCUUUCAGCUCAACAAAGUCUUGGUCUGCCGGCUUCUGUCUUACCCUGUCAACCAAUGCCUCCGCCACCUCUUCAGAGUCCUCACCCAGCUGGUAAUGUUGGCCACAGCAUGCAACAAAUGCCACCACCACCACCACCACCCCAUCCUAACAUGAACUUACCUGACCAGUCUAACAACAACAGCAACAACAAUGGCAGUAAUUAUGGCAACAACUUCUACUACAACAACAACUAUAAUAUGUAUUCUCAGUAUCCUUAUGGACAGUAUUACAAUAUGCCACAACAGUACGGUAAUGUACCACCUUAUGGCCAGUAUCAGCAGAAUCAUCCAGAUAACAGACCACCUAACCAGGUACCUCCUCCACCUCCUCAUAUGGUUCUCCAGCAACCAUUACCUCCUGGCACUGGAGACAACAUAGAUCAGCAACAGCAACGCAUGCAGCAGCCACCUCCACCACAUAUGCCAACCUCACUUCAUCAUCUUCAACAGCCACAUCUUCAUCAACAACAGUCACAGCCACACCUUCAACAACAGCCACCACCUCAGCAUUACCAGCCAGAUCAACAGUCACCACAACAGUCUUCUCAACAACAGCAGCAGCAGCAACAGUUGUCACCUGGCCACCAGUACCACAAUACUGAUUAUCCUUCAAAUAUGCCAAGGUUUCAAAUGGCCAAGAAUAAACUAAGGAACGCAAAUGCUCUGGGCAUUCGUUUUCAGAUCUCUAAACGUCACAAUGUACAGAAUACCAAUGCCAUUUCAAGUUACCGAACAAAAAUGUUCCCUCAACAGCAGCAACAAUCACAGCAGAAAAUGUGUUCUCCUCAUCCUGGAAAGCAGCAGCAGCAACAACAACAGUCUAAUUAUCAAUCAAGUCCCGAGAAUAAUCAAACAGAAGAUAAUUCCUCCAAUGCUGAAUCAAAAUCUCCAGGUAUUGAGAAGGGAGAAUGGCCUCCUUCUUUAAAAGAUUAUGUACAAAGAGCAUUUGCCAGUGUUAGUGAAGAAAACCAGAAAGAUGAAAUGGAAAGAUGUCUAAAGAUGAAGUUAAAGGGCAUAUUUGAUGACCAAACUCCAUGGAAUAUUGACUGGUAUAAAGAACCCUUGCCUGAUAUUUCUUGUUUAGAGAAGCGCAAACGAAGUCGGUGGGAAAGAGAUGAUCCUGAACCACCAAACAAUCGAUCAUCAGUGCGUUGUCCUUACAAUGGGGACAGAGUUCCAACCUAUAGGACAUCUCGUUCACGUUCACGUAGUAAAUCCAGAAGUCGUUCACGUUCCCCAGCUGCUGUAGUAGUUUCUGUCAGAGACAAAUAUUCACGAUCUGUAGCACGAAAGCACAGAAGACACAGCAGUGACAGUUCUAGUGUCUCUGACGACAGUAGCUCAUCAGAGAAGUAUGUGAGUAAACAUAGUUUUGGCAACAAAAACCGAGGUCGAGGACGUGGUCGUGGUGCUCGAGGUAGAGCAUCACGUGGACGUUUUAGAGAGGAUUCUUUUGGUGGCAAGAAAGGAAAGAAAGACAGAGACUUGACUUUUGAGUAUGAUGGGCCUGAUAAAGAAGAAAAGCUGCAACGAAGAGCUGCACGAUUCGUUGAACAUUUAAAUAAUUCUUCAGACUCUAAGAGGUACCGUCAAACACUGACUCUCACUAUCAAUAACUUUACCACCACUGGAAGUGAUGAUGAGCUUGACAUGGAUGGUUGUGUCAUUGUUGGUGAAUGUCAAGAUUUAGAGAAACAAUAUUUCCGUUUGACCACAGCCCCUGAUCCUUCAACCAUACGCCCUACUGAAGUUUUGAAACGAUCCCUAAUUAUGGUACAGGAUCAUUGGAGAGCUAAAGCUGACUAUAACUAUGCUUGUGAACAAUUGAAAUCAAUUAGACAAGAUUUGACAUUACAAGGAAUAAGAGAUAUAUUUACUGUCAGAGUGUAUGAAACUCAUGCACGUAUUGCUAUGGAGAAAGGAGACCAUGAAGAAUUUAACCAGUGUCAGACCCAAUUGAAGCUACUCUACCAUGAAGGACACCAUGGAAAUGUUGCGGAAUUUACAGCUUACAGAAUACUUUACUACAUAUUUACAUCAAACACAUUGGAUUUAACAACUGCAUUGGCAACUCUCAAAUCAAAUCAUAGAAAAGAUGAGUGUGUCUCUCAUGCAUUAAAUGUGAGAUCUGCUUGGGCACUUAAUAAUUAUCAUAGGUUUUUUAAGCUCUACCGGUGUGCACCGAAAAUGUCUGGUUAUCUUAUGGAUUGGUUCGUGGACAGAGUUAGAAUAUCAGCGUUAAAAACUAUUGUGAAAUCUUUUCGUCCUAUGCUGCUGAUAACUUACAUCCAGAAUGAAUUGUCAUUUUCUAACCGAGAUGACUGUAUACAGUUCCUUGCGGACAAGAAUGUGGUACUAAAUGAUGACUCUACCAAGGUGGAUUGCAAGCAGAGUAUGGCAGCUGUGCAGGCAUUAUAGUUGGUAGCAGCAGCUUCACUUUUUAAACCAAUUCUCCAUGUCGACAGAUUUCCCUUUCAGUUGCAGGUUUUUACUUAGCAAACUCCUUCAUGUUGUUUUAGUUGCCAUAUGUUGGUCAUUAGUCUCUUACUGAGUCAGCUUUAUACAACAGAUGUCUGGGGAGGUGGGGAAAGUGUUGUUGUUUGUAGUCAACAACUUCACCAUUUAAUCAUACUUUAUACAUUAUAUAUGUGCAUUUGUCUAUGUGUACAUGUGUGAGACUGUGUGUAUGUGUGUAUAUAUAUAUAUAUAUAUAUAUAUAUAUAUAUAUAUAUACAUUUAUAUCAACAUAUAUAUAUGUGCAUGAAUGAGUGUAUGCAUGUGUGUAUGUAUAUUCAUACAUAUGUAUAUACAUACAUAUAUAUAUAUAUAUACAUAUAUAAGUGUUUAUGUAUAUUUCAUACAUUUACUAAACCUCAUUGUUGAGCAUUUCAUUGGAAAAGUUCUAAAAUGAAAAUUUAAAUUGUUAUGUGUUCAAUAAUUCCCAAAGAUUUCUAAUUUUUUUUUCAAAGCAGAUAAAAACCAUAUCUCCAAGUUGGACUUUGAAAAAAAAAAAACAAACAAAAAAAACACAAAAAAACAAAAACAAAACAAAACAAAACAAAAACAUUUCUAACAACCUUUUCUGGGAAUUUUCCUUUUGUUCCUGAAAUUUGAAGGAGGAAAGCAUCUGUUUAUGGUGGAAGAUUUUAUAUCCAUUCUUUCACGAGUUGACAGGAAAAGCUGAAUAUUGGCUGAAAUGUCCAUGAAAUCUCUACAGAUUCCAGCAAUUUCUGCAAGAACAAGAUGAAGAAGCUACAUCUAUGUUUAACUUCUCUCAGCUGUCUUUAAAAGAAACCCAGUAAGAUUCAAUCUUGUUUCAGGACUGUAUUUUUUUUUCUUGAAAAUAUAAAAAAUUUGGACAUAAUUACUCUAUAAUAAUUAUAGAGUAUGAUAUAAAAAUAUUUACUACUCACAUCGUCAUUCUGAGGGUUAGAGUUUCUACCUCGUUACCAAAUCUCCCCAGCAAAUAUAAUCACUUUAUAACAAUCAUGAUGUCAAUUUAUCACAGUAGCAAGAAGGGAAACUGAGUGCAGGCAACAGGUAUGUCAAUAUAUAGUGGCCUAUAUGGGUAACAACUAUAAAACAUGAAGCUGACUCCAGAUAACAGAUACGUCACUAUAUAGUGGCCUAUAUAUGUAACAACUACAAAACAUGAAGCUGACUCCAGAUAACAGACACGUCACUAUAUAGUGGCCUAUAUAUGUAACAACUACAAAACAUGAAGCUGACUCCAGACAACAGGUAUGUCACUAUAUAGUAACUUAUGUAAUAACUACAAAACAUGAAGUUGAUUCCAGGCAACAGAUAUGUCACUAUAUAGUGAAGUGUAUAUAUGAAACAACCACAAAACAUGAAGCUGAUUCCAGACAACAGGUCCAUCACUAUAUAGUGAUCAAUGUAUGUAACAAUUACGAAACAUGAAGCUAACUCUAGGCAACAGGUACGUCACUAUAUAUCAACAAGAAGCAUGAAGUUGACUCCAGGCAACAGAUACAUCACUAUAUAGCGGCCUAAAUGUGUAACAAUUAUAUAACAUGAAGUUGAUUCCAGGCAUCAGGUACGUCGCUAUAUAGUGGUCUAUAUAUGUAACAACUAUGAAAUAUGAAGCUGACUCCAGGCAACAAUCAUCAAUAUAAAGAAUGGUCUCUAUAUAUAUACAUGUAACAACUGUGAAAUGUGAAGUUGGAUCCAGGCGACAGAAUCAUCUUUACACUGGACUUGUCUAUGUACUUGACAACUAGACAAUGUGAAGCAGGUUCACACAUCAACACACACAUAUAUAUAUAUAUAUAUAUGUGUGUGUGUGUGUGUGUGACAUCUAAGCAGUAUGAAGCAGUCUCAGGCAACGGAUAGACCAACACAUCAGUGUUAUAAACAUCUACGUAAAGAUAUGUGACGGGUAGGUAACUACCAGCUACUCAGGGACAGAUUUUUUGUUAGCUAGCCAAGCUGCUAAUAGGCCCCUUGAAAACCCACAGCUAUUUGGGUGAUUCAGUCUUGGAAGGAUCAUGUUUUCCUCCUUUCCCCUCCCUCUUUCUUUUCUAUUUCUCUGUCUUCUCUCUUUCUUUAUUUUUCUUUCUGUUACUCUCUCUUUCUCUCUCUUUUUCUCUCUUUAUUUCUAAUUUAUUGUAAAUAUAUUUUUUGUUGAAUAAAUCUGUACAGGAUUAAAUUUGUCAUUUGAAACAUAA